AUGAAGAAUUCACCCUUUGGACUCAUAGGAAAAGGUUACGAGCGAGUGAACUUUAUUCAUCGGUUUGCUGGUCGUCUCCUCAUACUGGGAGCAUUUGCACAUUACGGUCUAUGGCUCUACAUGCGACAUUCGAUGGGUGCCCCGCUCCUCGUCUUUGCAGGUCCUCCAUUAACGGGCUUCAUCGCUGUGGUUUCCUUGGCUGUGAUUCUUCUGAGUUCAUUGAAGAUCUUCAGGUCACGACUAUAUCAGACUUUCCUGUUCCUUCAUAUUGCUGGCUAUAUCACUGUACUCGUGGCUUUGUGGUUUCAUCGAGUUGCUAUCAGACCGUACAUCAUCGUAGCAGCUGCUGCCGUAGUGUUCGAUGCACUCCAAGGGCUCCUGAUCAAGACCCGUUUCAAAUCAGCUAUCCUAAAGUCUGUUCCCGGCAAUAUGACGAAGAUUCAGGUGCAGAAUGUAGGCGAUGGUUGGCGCGCAGGACAACAUGUCUACCUUCGCAUUAUGCGAGGUCGUCGAAUGUUUGAAAAGCAUCCUUUCACAAUUGCAAAUGCCCCAUCUAGCCUAUCCCCAGCAAACCAUGACCAAAGUCUAAUACUCGUCGCAAAAGCAGCUGGAGACUUCACAAAGACUCAUAUCACCUUAACUCAGGCUGUUGAAGUCCUAGGCAAAGAGAAUGUCGUACAUAUCCCAUGGACAGACGAAAAAUCAGUCCAAGAUAAAGGAAGCUUUGUUUCUGAAUCUGGACAUGAGCCGAACCGUGUAUCUGUCAUAAUUGAAGGACCCUAUGGAAGUUUUUACGCAGAUUUAGCUCGUUAUGAGACGGUAGUUUUGAUUGCUGGAGGUAGCGGAUUCACGUACUGUUCAGCAAUGCUUGAAGAUAUUGUUGGUUCUUUCAGAGAAGGAAAAUGUAAGACCAGAAAGGUGUAUGUUACUUGGGCAUUACGUGACUUAGGAAUGGCACAAGCAUUUUCGGCAAGCGUGAAUGAGACUUUAGACCUCGCCAAGGAGUUAGGCCUAGAGAUCAGCUUUCGAAUCUAUACAUCCACCAUCGCCUCUAGAGAAGCCAAUACGAUUCAUCUCUCUCAUCUGAUUCCCACAAGAGUUGAUGUAGCAAGCUUAAUUGAAGAGGCUCUUGAGUCUACAGCUACGGCUGCGAACUUCCGAAACGUGGCUCGUGGAUCUGGUGUAGGUGUAGGUGUUUGUGGACCGACUACUUUGAUAAAUGCCACGAGAAAAGCCGUGGCUCGUGCUAGUGGCUCGCUUGAGUCCAAAGCAGGUGGAAUCACCUUACACUCUGAAGUAUUCGGAUGGUAA